AUGAACGUGUUGAAAUUACAAAAGAGAUUUCCACAAUUGGAACAGAGUGAGAUCUUUUCGGUCAUCGAAGAGUUUCGCAGUAUUGAUUUAGAAGAGAGGGGCUGGGCUGAGAAGAAAGAUGUCAUCAAUGCAAUUGCUCUGAAAGGUGAAUCCUCCUAUGAUCACGUUCGUGAGACACUUAAAUCUGUUGAUGUUGAUGCUUCUGGCCAUGUUGAGUUGGACGACUACGUCGAGUUGAUUGCGAAAUUGAAGGAAGAGAACACGACGCCUUCUAAGGGACAAUUUUCGAUUGGAUCGUCUCAGAUUCCAUCUCAAGAUUCGGCUGCUUCGCCAAAUCGGAAAGCUGGAGCUGGGCAUAAGACCUAUAUCAGUGGCAAGACAUCUGGUACAACGCACACCAUCAAUGACGAAGAGCGCACCGAGUUCACUCGCCAUAUCAAUUCAGUGCUUUCAGGUGACUCUCAUGUCGGGGAUCGGUUGCCAUUUGACACAGAAACCUUUCAAAUUUUUGAUGAAUGUCGUGAUGGUUUAGUAUUAUCGAAGCUCAUCAAUGAUUCUGUGCCUGACACAAUUGACACCCGUGUUCUCAAUUUGCCAACCCAAAAGAAGAAGACACUCAAUAACUUUCAAAUGUCUGAGAACGCAAACAUUGUAAUCAAUUCUGCAAAAGCAAUUGGUUGUGUGGUUGUCAAUGUUCAUUCAGAAGAUAUCAUUGACGGUAAAGAGCAUCUUAUCUUGGGAUUGAUUUGGCAAAUUAUCCGUAGAGGGUUGUUAUCGAAGGUUGACAUCAAGUAUCACCCUGAACUUUACAGACUCUUGGAGGAGGACGAGUCCUUGGAACAAUUUUUGAGAUUACCACCGGAGCAGAUUUUAUUGCGUUGGUUCAAUUAUCAUUUGAAGAAUGCGGGCUCCCAAAGACGUGUCAACAAUUUUUCAAAAGACAUAAGCGAUGGCGAAAAUUACACCGUGCUUUUGAACCAAUUACAACCGGAUUCAUGUGAUUUGUCUCCUUUGAAAGUCAAUGACCUUCAUGAGAGAGCUGAAAGAAUUUUGGAAAGUGCAGAAAGAAUAGGUGUAAGGAAGUAUUUGACUCCUAGUGCGCUUGUUAAUGGUAAUCCCAAGUUGAAUCUUGCGUUUGUUGCACAUUUGUUCAACACGUAUCCAGGCUUAGAUCCUAUUGAAGAAAGUGAAGCUCCAGAAAUCGAAGAGUUCGACGCAGAGGGAGAGAGAGAGGCAAGAGUCUUUACUCUAUGGCUUAAUUCGUUGGAUGUGGAUCCACCAAUUGUGUCCCUUUUCGAAGAUUUGAAAGAUGGCUUGGUUCUUUUGCAAGCAUUCGACAAGGUGUUACCCGGAAGUGUUUCAUUUAAGCACAUUAACAAGAAGCCAGGAAAUGGUAGUGAACUCUCUCGUUUCAAAGCCUUGGAAAACACCAACUACGGUGUCGAGAUAGGUAAGGCUAACAACUUUUCUUUGGUGGGUAUAGAGGGAUCGGACAUCGUUGAUGGUAAUAAGUUGUUGACGCUUGGACUAGUAUGGCAGUUGAUGAGACGCAACAUAGUCAACACCUUGUCCAGCCUUGGAAACGGCAAAAAUGUCAGCGACUCCGACAUUUUGAAAUGGGCCAAUUCUCAGGUAUCCAAGGGUGGGAAGAGCGCUCCCAUUCGGUCCUUUAAGGAUUCUUCGUUGUCGAACGGUGUAUAUUUGUUGGACGUGCUCAAUGGUAUCAAGCCUGGCUACGUUGAUUACGACUUAGUAUAUCAGGGAGCCAAUAUCAGCGAAGACGAGAAGUACGCAAACGCAAGGUUGGCCAUUUCUAUUGCUAGAAAACUCGGGGCCUUGAUUUGGCUAGUACCUGAAGACAUAAACGAAGUCAGAAGCCGUUUGGUAUUAUCCUUUGUUGGAAGCUUGAUGAAUGUCGCGGAUCAGAAAUAA